AGCUAGCGACUGACCCUGCCCUUCAACACCAAGGCAGAUAUAUUGUUGGUACCUCUCUGACGGCCGGACUCGUAGUAGUACCACAACGACAAACGACCGCAUAAAGGGGCUCUUUGCGACCGCGACCCGUCCGGCGACGCGUUUGCCCUCGCCCCCGCGUUCGCAUGGCACGCCACUCGCCCGACCUCCAGGGAGCUUGACCUUUUUUACUUCUCUCCUCGCCCCCCCCCCAAGACGCGACGAGCAAGCGGAUCCAUCGGUGCGGUGCGGAUUGACUGACUACCUACUACUGCCCCCGCCCCUUGCCCAGCUUCAUGUGCCGCCGCCGCCGCCGCCCGCCAUGUCGUUCCGUCCCGUGAGCCCGGGGAGUCCCGCGGGGGAGGCCUCGCCCUCGUUCGCGCAGACGGGCGCCGAGUUUACGCUCGACGACAGCAGCAGCGGCGACGACGACGACGAUCAUCAUGAUGAUGGCUAUGACUAUGACUAUGACGACAAAGAGGACCUUCGCUCCGAGGUGUACGGCGGCGGCGGCGGCGGCGGCGGCGCUGCUGCUGCUGCUGCCGAGUCCUUUGAGAUGGUGGAUCGCAUCGAUGAGGCCGCCGCCUCGACCACGCGCGCGAUGAGCACGGCCAGAGGGAAGUGGCGGCGUCGCCCCAGCGCGAGCAGCACCGCCGCGAGCUUCCAGCUCUACACGCCCGACGAGGAGCGCGCCGUGCGCCGCAAGUUUGACAGGCGGUUGGUGCUGUUUGUGACGCUACUGUUUAUGCUCAGCUUCCUCGACCGCUCCAACAUUGGCAACGCGCGCAUCGCCGGCAUGGACGAGGACCUUCAGACGGAUCCCCCGCGCGACGACUGGUACGAGUGGGCGCUGACGGCCUUUUACGUCUCGUACAUUGCCUUUGAGUGGAUGUCGCUGCUCUGGAAGCUGGUCCCCGCCCACGUCCUCGUCUCGGCCGUCGUCUUCACCUGGGGGCUCACCGCCUCGCUCCAGGCCGUCGCCCCCUCGUACCCCGUCCUCGUCGCCCUGCGCGUCCUCCUCGGCAUCGGCGAGGCCGGCUUCACCGGCAUCCCCUUUUACCUGAGCUUCUUCUUCCGCCGCGACGAACUGGCCUUUCGCACUGCCAUCUUCAUUUCCGCGGCUCCCCUGGCCACGAGCUUCGCAUCGACGCUCGCCUGGGUCAUUGUGCGCUUCGCCGAGCUCAGCCCCAUCGCCCCUUGGCGACUGCUCUUCCUCAUCGAGGGCUUCCCCUCCGUCAUCGUCUCCGUCAUCGCCUGGGGCGUCAUACCCGAUUCCCCGCAGACCGCCUCGUACCUCACCAAGCGCGAGAAAAAGGUCGCCCGGCUGCGUCUCCGGCACGAGGCGCCGGCCCUUGCCGCGAAUGAUGCCGCCACCGACACCGCCGCCGACGCCGCCUACGGCCUCCGGGGCCGCGACCUCGCCGCCGUCUUCUGCGACCCCGUCGCUUGGAUCACCGCCGCCAUGUUCUUCCUCACCAACAUGGCAUACUCGUCCCUCCCCGUCUUCCUCCCCAAGAUCAUCCACGAGAUGGGCCACAGCACCCUCGCCGCCCAGGCCCUCAGCGCCCCGCCCUACCUCCUCGCCUUCGUCGUCGUCCUCUUCACCGCCCACAUGUCGGACCGCCUGCGCGCCCGCACCGUGCCCAUCGCCCUCCACGCCCUCGCCUCCGCCGGCGGCUACGCAGCCCUCGCACUCUCCGAACCCCUCCGUCUCGCCCCCUGGCUGCGCUACCUCGCCGUCUACCCCGCCGCCGUCGGUUUCUUCAACGUCGUCACCCUCGUCAUCGCCUGGAGCAUCAACAACCAGGCCAGCCAGACCCGCCAGGGCGGCGGCUUCGCCCUUCUCCAGCUCGUCGGCCAGUGCGGGCCGCUCGUCGGCACCCGCCUCUACCCGGACGCCGACGCCCCUUACUACGUGCGGGGCAUGGGGGCCUGCGCCUGUGCCAUGCUCUCCGUCGCCGUCCUCGCCGCCGUGCUACGCUUCUAUCUCCAGUUUCAGAACCGCAAAAUGGACCGGGCCGAGGCGGAGUGGCUGGCGGGUGCGGAUACAGUCGAGGAGGAGGGCCUGGUCGGCGACGGGAGGCGAAAGAUGGCGCCGUCUUACAUGUUCCGGUAUAUGCUGUGAAGCGAGUGCUUGACACGAGCUGCGCACAUCUUGUAUUAAAUACCACUUUGAAUAGUAACGAAUCACGGCUAACGGUCGAGCGACCUGUAUGUGGUAGUCACCGAG